AUGACCAUCAUGAUAAGCUUUAUGGCAAGUAGUUGUGCUGCUGACGACGUGCUUUUGGACACUCUUGUGAUUUCAAGUCUGGAGCGAGUGUAUAGUGACCACAGUUGUCCUUCUGAGGCCAUCCCGUGCUGCAAAGCGAUUAUCAGAAAGGCAAAGGUGGUCGUCGUUGGAGGAGGGCCAAACAAAACGAUCUUGGAACAGCAAGCUUGGGAUGAGCAUGUGAAAACAGUUCCUCCAGUAUUUGGUCCACCAGGAAGUCUUACAGUCCCUCCAGCUCCAGGUCCACCAGGAAUUCCUCCAGUUCCACUUCCACCAGAAGGUUCUACAAUUCCACCGGCUCCAGGUCCUCCAGGAAUUCUCACCACGGAAUCGAGCACUGUCUAUCCUCCCAGUCUUACUGACUCAUUGCCUCAUUACACCGACGCUCGAGGAUAUGUUACUCCACGCUAUGAAGACAUAAGGAGCGUGGACGAACACGUACAUAGAGAAGAAGAACAGCGACGUAGACAACAGGAACGGUUAGGGGAGGAGGAAUCACGACGAAGGGAGCAGGAGGAAGCGCAGAGAAGGGCACAUGAAGAACAAAGGCGAUUAGAAGAGGAGAGGAGACUAGAGGAAGCAAGGCGAAAAGAGCUUGAGGAACAGAGGCGAUUAGAGGAUGAGCUAAGAAGAGAAGAAGCUCGUAUGAGGGAGGAGCGGUUACGAUUAGAAGAGCAAGAAAGAAGAGAGCAUGAAAAUCGUAUUAGAGAGCAGCGUCUAAGGGAGGAAGAGGAAAGAAGACGGUUAGAAGACGAGAGACGACGGCUAGAGGAGGAACGAAGAAUCGCCGAAGAAGAGCGCCGGAUCGCAGAGGAAAAGAGGCUUCAGGAAGAGGAAGAAUUACGGAGGGAAAAGGACAGAGAAUAUGAGGAACAACAUAGAAGAGAGGAAGAGCUCAGGCGAGAGGAACAAAGAUUGAGAGAAGAAGAAAGGCGAAAGGAGGACGAGCUACGCAGGGAAGAAGAACGAAAACAUAAUGAGGAGCUCAGAAAGGAAUUGGAAUUGCGACGAGAAGAGCACAAACGUCGACUUGAAGAGUUUCAGAAGUUGGAGGACCAGAGAAGGCAGGAGUUAGCGAGAUUCGAAGAAGAACGCCGAUUAUGGAAGGAAAAAUUGAAGGCAGCCGAAGAGGGUGGAAAGAAAACGCAGCUUCUCCAUAUAAUUUGCCAUGACGGAGAGGUGAUACGAACCCCAGAAGCUCGAAUGGAGCUUUACAGCGAGGGCGAAGACCCUUGUGAAGAAUACAAGAAGGUAUAG